AUGGCCAGCUUCACCAUUCGCAACCUAACGAUUCAUCCAAUUGACCUCGUUCACGUCCAACGGUUCGAGUGCGACAAAGUCAAGCAGGGAAAUGUUCUUAAAAACAUGACGAGCGCCAUUUCUGGCUUUCUCAAUGCUACCGAGACCAUUUCUCAUGAGAUACACCCGAGAGGGAAUUCCAUCAAAGACGACGAUGUUUCCAUCCGUGUCGAACCCUUUCAAAUUGCUGGGACGGAUGUCCGGGCUGCUGACCCAGGAAGGGAAGUGGUUCGUUUGACUUUCAAAACGGAACAGCAUUGCUAUGAGACCGAUGUUCCCAGCCCCAGCGCGAGAUCGGCUCUUAUGAAGAAGCUGGACGGCGGGCCUCAUGAUUUGACUGUCGUAUAUGUUCCGAAUGGCGCCCUGAUUGCAAUCUUCUCGUCCGCCAAACUCCAUGCCUGGAUGCACGAGCUUCAGGACGAGUGGCCGCUCACCGUCCUUUCCAUUCCCGGCACUCAUAACUCGCCUACUUGCUACACAGCGCUUCCCUCGGUCCGCUGCCAAGCUGUUGGCGUUCCAGAACAGCUCCAGAAUGGUGUCCGAUUCCUCGACGUUCGAGUGUCGGCUAAUACAGACGACGACGUCCUCACCCUAGUCCACAGCGCUUUUCCGAUUUCCCUCAGCGGAAACAAAUACUUUUUCGAUAUGCUUGAGGAUAUCUACAGCUUCCUAGAGCAAAAUCCUAGCGAGGCCAUCAUCAUGAGUGUGAAGCGAGAGGGCACCGGAAAAGGCACUGAUGCUCAGAUGGGCAAGUACCUCAAAAGUGGCUAUGUCGACAAGCGGGCUGACCGCUGGUGGACCGAUUCGAGGGCUCCAAACCUUGGCGAGGCCCGUGGCAAGAUUGUCCUUGUUCGCCGCUUUGGUCUGGAUGAUGACAUGAGAAACGAGGGCUUUGGUAUUGACGCCCAGGAGUGGCCCGACAACUGCGAGGAUGGCGUUGGAGGACGCGCUGGCUUUCGCAUUCAAGAUUUCUAUGAAGUCACUGAGAGCCAAAACAUUGAAAAAAAGAUUGAGUAUAGUCGCGGUCACCUUGAACGAGCUGCAGAGCAGGCCUUCGCACUUGCCGGAAUGUCCGACUACAAUGCCGAAGCUCGCCCUCCACCCUUCUUCAUCAACUUCCUUAGUGCGAGCAACUUCUUCAACGCAUCAUGCUGGCCUGAGAGAAUCGCCGCCAAGGUAAAUCCAGCUGUGAUUGAGUAUCUUUGCGGGAAGCAUGGCCAAGAAGGUCAGGGCCCGAAGCAGCUCAGAGUUGGCACUGCCGGAACCGGCGUCGUGAUUACUGACUGGGUAGGUGCCAAUGGUAAUUGGGACCUCAUCCGCUGCAUCGUCGGCAUGAACGCUCGCCUUCAGCUUCCAAAGUAG